AUGCUUCUCUCUCCAGCGAACUCCAAUGCUAGUCUUCCCUCCCAAGGAUUUUGGGGGAGAACGUUCAAGACGCCCAAAUCCAACAAGGACGUGGAAGUCAAAGCUCCUCCUAUGGCACUGACACGGCAGCGUUUACUUACCAUCUCCUUCGCGGGCAUGGAGACGAUUCGGAUACUCCCCAGCUCUUUCCUGGAGUUGGACGCUGUCGUGAGGGAGUGGAUCAAGCCCCCGCCAGAUGCCGUUUACCAUCUACGCGUUCCAGUGGAUUAUCUUUCUUUCCAGGCAGCACGUCUCAUGACCGGCGACUAUGUCUAUCUGACCGGGGAUGAUUCCUACCAGAUUGCCAUUAUGGAUGUGCAAGGUCUCAGGGUAGAGAUUGUCGGUGACGCACCUCCACCCCCGGAAGACGAACCACCACCACCUCCUCCUCCGCCCGUACUGGAGAUGCCUGCCACGUUCAACCUUGAGCUGGCUCAGGGCCAGAAUGUAUCGCUUGAUACCGUGGUCAGUUCGGAUGACUUGGACAUGUCGCGGAUGGAGGACGGAACAACCGUCGACGGUUCGUUCUGGGGCAAGCUGGACAUUGUUCACGAUGGCGACACGCACAAGAUGGAUUUCAGCGGUGCACGAAUUGCCAACGCCCAGGACGUUUCGCAAGACCUCAUUGUCGACUCCCGUGUGUUUAACAAGCUGGCCGCUGUUGCCAAGCCUGCCACGGCCAAAUGCAAUCUGAGCAUCCUCGCACCCAACCGUCAGUAUUGCGAUAUUACACUCACAUUUUCGCAAUUUUGGAAGCUUGGGAUGACUUGGCCGACCGCGGAAUACCUCGGUGAAAACAGAGUCAAAUACUUUUUGCAAGUUCAUCCCGGAGGGGGCUUGGAACACUUCGAGUCGGGAAUGGUACAAACAUCACUGUACUACGAAGCAAUCCCUGAACCUGGGAUGGUUGAUCCACAGGAGUUCAUUGCGCCUCGCAAUAGUUUUGCCAUGCCCUUCCAAGACUUCGUCCCUCACUUAAUGCGUGUCCUCGACCAGCUGGGUUUGUCCGUUCACGCUCGCACGAACUUCGUCAAUAACAACUUGGCGAAUUUUGCCGCGCACAAGAACAUUGCAUACCGUUUCCUGACCCCGAGCAAGAUCGCAAACGCAAUCGACAUAUCCGUGGUGAUGGAGACCUGUAUCUUCACUCGACUCUUCCUCAUGUGGCGCGGUAUCACGGACGAUGAGCUCGGUAUUUUUGCCGGUGCGGGCGAAAAGGAGGCCAACGUGUGCAACUGGCGCGAAGUCGUGAACUGGACCGAGAACUGCAAGGACGCGACGCAGUUCAGGAUCUUGGAGACCUCCAUCUUGGAGUUCACGUAG